AUGACUAUUGCUGCAUAUGCGUAUGAAACAAAUGAAGCAAGAAGAGCACAUGAACUAGUAAACGAAAACUCAACUUUAACCAUUGAAGGCAAUGAUUUAGUCAUUGACGAUGGAAAAACUAAAAAAGUCAUUGAUUUCGAUACUUUUAACACUUAUGACCCAUUCAUUACAAUAAGUAAAGUUCCUAUCAUAAAUGAUGGAACGGUGCAAUAUAUAAAUUCUACAGUAGAUGCCUCAUUAGUGAAAGUACUGAAUGUUCUCAUUGAAUUGUUAAAGAGCUUUCGAUUUGACGACAACAUUAAAUGCCUAAAGAAUUUAGUCAUGAAUGAGAAACAAAUAUUAGGAGUUGCUGGUAGCAGUAAUGAUGUACACCUUAUGACAUUAGAAUAUUAUAACGAACAUAAAGAUGAACUGAAAGGAGAGAAGGGUGACACCGGACCUCAAGGAAUACAAGGACCUCAAGGAAUACAAGGACCUCAAGGCGAAAACGGUUUGGAUGGAAAGGAUGGAAAGGAUGGAAAAACUGCUAAAUCAUGGAUAUGGGACCUUAUAAAUACUGGUUUAACAGCUGCUUCAUAUGGAGUUCUUCAAUACCAAAUCGGAAA